AACAUCUGCAACACAAGUUUUUCAUGUUCUCCUGUCUGUGAAUGCUGCCUAACUGCACCAGGAAAAUGGGCACAGGGGAUUAUCUCUGCAUUGCUAUGAGCGGAGGGGCGCCGUGGGGCUUCAGACUGCAAGGGGGCAAGGAGCACAAGCAGCCUUUGCAAAUCGCCAAGGUUCGCAGCAAAAGCAAAGCAGCCAAGGCUGGACUCUGUGAGGGSGAUGAGGUGGUGUCUAUCAAUGGCCAACCUUGUGGAGACCUAACCUAUGCUGAAGUCAUCGUUCUGAUGGAAAGCCUGACUGAUGUCCUGCAGAUGCUUAUCAAGAGAUCCUCCGGUGGAAUAAAUGAAACCUUCAGUGCUGAAAGAGAAAAUGGGAAGCACGAGAACAUAAGGAAUGAGGACUAUAGGGAGAACACCACACUGCAAAUGAACACAGYGCAGGAGAUACCCCAUGGAGAUUUAUGUAUCACAGAGAUUUACAGCGGGACCCACCACGGAGCAGGAGAAAGCAACWCACACUUUUCCGAAACAAAACAAGACACCACGCAAAGCCACAGAAUUACUCCUAAAGUGAUAGGCACCCCCAAGGUGAUCGUGACAGAUGAGACUGCUUUCAGAGGGGUGACAGAAGAAAGGCCGGGUGCUAUGGUUGAGCUGCAGUUGUCCCUCUCAAAUGACACACACAAGGCCACCAAUGCUCCUGCUGUGACUCUCUUGGGGGCAGAAAAAUGCUGCCCUUCAGGCAGAGGACCCGAUGCACAACAGGAUGGGAGCAGCCCCCUCAUCGCAGUUCCCCUGGCUGUGAAAGARGGCAACAUCCAGUGGUCGAACAAAGUAGUCCAGUUUUCCAGCAGCAAAGAGGUCAAGAGGAUCCAAGGAGCAGUUCCAUCUAUCCCCAGGGUGGAGGUGAUCCUAGACUGCUCAGACAGGGAGCAGGAAGCGCCCAGGUCUCCAUCUGAAAGGGGGUGUGUUGAUUCUCAAGUAGAAGGAGGGCAGUCAGAAGCACCUCCUUCCCUCCUCUCCUUUGCAAUCUCAUCAGAAGCCACAGAGCAGGGAGAAGACAGCAAGCACUCAGAAAAGGAUCACAGACCUCUCAAGCACAGGGCAAGGCACGCAAGGCUCCGACGAAGCGAGAGCCUGUCGGAGAAGCAGGUCAAAGAAGCCAAAUCUAAAUGUAAAAGUAUUGCACUGCUGCUGACGGCAGCUCCCAACCCCAAUUCCAAGGGGGUGUUGAUGUUCAAGAAGCGCCGCCAAAGGGCGAGGAAAUACACUUUAGUCAGCUACGGGACUGGGGAGUUAGAACGUUACGAGGACGAAGGUGAAGAGGGUGAAGGUGAAGAGGGGGACAAGGAAAACACUUUCGAGGUGAGUUUGCUUGCAACAAGCGAGUCGGAAUUAGAUGAAGAUUUUUUUUCUGAUAUUGACAAGGACGGCAAGAUCGUGACGUUUGACUGGGACAGUGGUCUGCUCGAGGUGGAAAAGAAGACAAAAAGUGGAGAGGAGAUGCAGACRCUUGCAGACAGCACAGGCAAAGGGGCCCUCAUGUUUGCCAAGAGACGGCAGAGGAUGGAUCAGAUUACAGCGGAGCAAGAGGAGAUGAAGGCAAGCACAGUGCAGACAGAGGAGCACAGGGAAACCACCACGACAGAGAACUUCCAGCAAGUGAGCACUUCAGUCUAUCAAUCAAAAGAGGAGGAAAUGUCAAGACAGCAGACCUGUGUGAGCAAAAGCUACACAGACGUGAGCCAGAAUCACAGCAAAAUGGUACAACAAAAUGGCUUUGGCCUAGCACCAAGCACAAACCUCUCUUUUCAGUCCUCUGGAGCUCAAAAAGCAGCAUCUUUGAAUAAAACAGCAAAACCCUUCACUUCUGGRGUUCAAAACCGAGCAGCUGCACCAUUUUCACCUGUGAGAAAUGUUACCAGUCCCCUUUCAGAUGCAGCAGCACCACCUCCUUACUGCUCUGUCAGCCCACCAGCCGAGGCUUUCUACAGACCCGUCUCAGCUCCUGUGGCCAACAAAGCUGCCCCGGCCGCGUGGGCARCCAGCGAGCCCACAGAACACAUCGCGUCCAGGGACGAAAGGAUCGCCGUGCCAGCCAAAAGAACUGGGAUACUGCAAGAGGCGAAGAGAAGAAGCACUUCCAAACCUAUGUUCAAUUUCAAAGAUGCACCCAAARUCAAUCCUAAUCCUGCCCUGCUGUCCCUUGUACACAAUGCAGAGGGCAAAAAAGGURCUGGAGCUGGUUUUGAGUCAGGACCCGAAGAAGACUACCUCAGUUUGGGAGCAGAAGCUUGCAAUUUCAUGCAGCCUCAAGCAGCUAAACAAAAGGCCCCUCCUCCCGUUGCUCCAAAGCCUUCACUCAAGGUGUCUCCUUCUGCUGGUACUCCAGUUUCACCAGUCUGGUCACCUUCAGCUGCAGCUGCUAACAAGCCUCCUUCUUUCCCAGCACCAGCGUCACCUCAGGCAGCGUAUCCUGCACCGCCCAAAUCCCCACAGUAYCCUCAUUCUCCCAUCCAUCCCCCAAGCACUCUUGACCUUGCUGGUCCUUUCAAAGGGCCUCAGGCCAGCCUGGCGAGUCCGAAUCUUGCCCCCAAGUCAACACCAGUCACCCCAAGUGCUGGAGAAACAAAGCCUCCCUUYGAGAUGCCGCCGGCUAUGAGUGGGAAAGGAGCACAACUGUUUGCCAGGAGGCAUUCCCGAAUGGAGAAGUACGUGGUGGAUUCAGAGACUGUGCAGGCAAACAUGGCACGAGCCUCAUCUCCAACUCCAUCUUUACCAGCUUCUUGGAAAUAUUCAUCGAAUGUCCGAGCACCUCCACCUGUUGCUUAUAAUCCCAUCCACUGCCCGUCUUACCCUCCUGCUGCUACCAAGCCUUCCUCUAAGGCYGCUGCUGCUACCAAAAACACAAAAAGAAAACCUAAGAAAGGCCUCAAUGCUUUGGAUAUUAUGAAACAUCAACCUUAUCAACUCGAUCCAUCGUUAUUUACUUUCCAGCCUCCCAAGGAAAGCCUUGCCAUGAAGCAGACAUCGAAGMUGUCCUCCUCAAAGCAAACACUGCCUUUACCCAGCUACCUUCCCCCUGGUGCUGGCUCUCCUACAAGAGCCCGGCCUUCUUCAGUGUACUCCGUGCCAGCCUACGGUUCCCAACCYUCGUUCCCAUCAAACGCCUCUCUCCCAGGAAACGAAUCGUAUUCACCCACAGGCUACUCGGCAUUUUCUAAGCCAGAAACCACCACGUCCUCUUUGUUUACUGCUCCGAGGCCAAAAUUUUCAGCCAAGAAAGCUGGCGUCACUGCACAGGGAAGAAGCAGUGGCCGCUCAUUAUCGCUUCCUGGGAGACCUUCUUCAUUCACUCCCCGAGCCAUGUCUCCUACUUCUCCUCUUGUAUUUCAGCCUGCCCCCGAUUACUUCAGCAAACCAGACACAGCAGCUGACAAGCCUGGMAAGAGACUGACUCCCUGGGAAGCAGCAGCCAGAUCUCCCCUCGGCCUGGUGGAUGAAGCUUUUGGCCCCCAAAGCAUGCAGGAAUCCAUCGCUGCYAACGUGGUAUCGGCCGCUCGCAGGAAAACGCUUCCUGAGCCACCUGAUGAAUGGAAACUUAAAGUUUCUUACGAGCCUCCAGCCCCAAGCGGUAGCGUAGCCUUACUAGGAGGGAAGCAAUCCGGGGUUCUGUCACCCCAAAAAAGCUCCCUUCCUGCCCCAAAUGCCCCAAAUGCCCCAAAUGCCCCGGCCCAGGCUGGCCCUAAGCUGCAGUAUCCCUACUGCACUCAGCGCUCCAGAACGGAUCCCGAUAUGAUGUCUGUGGAUUCCAGGUCUGACUAUUGCUUGUCCACAGCUGAUUCCAACUACAAUCCACAGCCAAGGGGAUGGAGGCGUCCAACAUGAGCAGCUGAAGGGCCUGGUGCRUUUUCCCUUCCUCCAGCUUAACAGGCCCUAAGAUCUGAGUUGGAGAAGGAAAGUUUCUUGCUGGCCUGAUGAUCUCUGAAGUAAAAAAAUGAGGAGACAAAAUUGAAUGGAGCACAGUUUUCACCUGACUGCAGCGCUAGCAGCCURUAGAAUAGAUUCAGUUUUACACCUAAGGUUGUUCUGCUUGUCAAAAGGCAAAAAUAUGCAUUUCUUGGGGUGAGGGGAGAGACGAAAAUGGGGCAAUCCAUGCAAAAAUCUAGAAAGGAUGUAGAAAGUGACAGCAAAAAUGCUUGCAGUUAAGCUAAUGUGAAAAAAAAGAAGCUAAAUAAGGGCAUUUAUAAACCAAGAAGUAUUUUACAGGAUCUUGUAGGUUUUGUGAGCAUGUUUGACAUGAGUUCCAAGUUACUAAACAUAAUCAGAGUUGCAAAAGUUGUAAUGGAAGUGGAAGACUUUGAAGGACUGGCUUAUUUGCCAUCUGUUUCCUUAAUUGUAUUUCUAUCGUGAGCUAAGGAAGUAAAUCAAUGAAUAUUUUUACUGUGGCAACAGUUAAAAUACACCURUGGCAAUGCUACCUGAAUCAUCACAAUACAUAGAUAGGAAAUCAUACCCAGUCACUCAUUUCAGAUGGAUUUCAAGACAGUUCCAAUGAAGUUUUACAUUUUAUAAUUGAUCUGAAAACACCAGGAAGAAAGGUGUKGUUAACAGAGAUCAGUACCAUGAUACUUGAACAGCAAAAGAGAUGAGGAGUGUAUUUAAACUGGAUUGCAAGUUAUUUUCRUAAUAAACUAUCAAACAAGUCAGAGGCUGAACAGCCUUUAUUUCUCUGGGAAAUGCACUAUUUGCUGAACAUUGACUGCUCCAGUGCCUGGUAACCUGACUGGCUGGGCAGUUAUUCUUGUAUCUAGGGUAGCUCAAUGUUUAGAAAGCUUURGAGUUUUAAAARUUU